AUGCUUGAUUUUUUCAAAAGAAAAGGUUCAACUUCAAAUUCUUCCGAAGUCAACGUGGAAUUACCAACAACUAAUGAUGCUAUUCCAAUUCUAGAAAAUGUGGGUGUUCCAAUUCUAGAAAAUGUGGGUGUUCCAGUCUCUCAAACACAAUUUCAAAGAAUUGACCUUGAUUCUUUGGAUUAUGAUCUUGGAACACGCAAACAAAUAUGGGAAUAUCAUGUUAAUCAACGUGAUGAAAUUCGACGGGCUUACAUUAAAAAAGGUUCGCACCAACCUCCUCUAGAGACAUUCAAAAAAAGUGGAAAAUGCAAUCUUAGCUUUCAAGAUUUUUGGUAUAAAAAUAAUUCAAAAUGGCUUGAAUAUUCUCCUACAACAGAUGCAGCUUAUUGUCUACCCUGCUUUGUCUUUCAUAACCCAAAUGUGGUUGUGGGACAAAAUACAUUCAUUGUUGGUGGAUUUAGAAAUUGGAAAAAGGUUGGGGGCAAAGAUUGUUAUUUUCAAGGUCAUAUAGGAAAAGAUCCUAACUCAGCUCAUAGAGUUGCUGAGCAAAUGUGUAAGGAUUUGAUGAACCAAUCGCAGCAUUUGCAAAGGGUAGUUGAUCAUUUCACUACUGAACAAAUUGCAAAUAAUCGGUUGCAACUGAAGGCCACAAUUUUUAUUUUCCGAUAUCUUGCCUUUCAAGCUAUAGCUUUUAGAGGUCGAGAUGAAAGUUUUAGUUCAUUAAAUCAUGGGAACUUUCAUGAAUCAUUGGGUAUUAUGACUUUUUGGAAUGAGAAGGUUGCUGAAAUAAUAGAAAAAACUCCCAAAAAUGCAACCUACACAUCACUUAGGAUUCAAAAGGAAAUUCUACAUGUUUUCUCAGCCAAAGUGAAGAAAGCCAUUCAGGAAGAAAUUAGUGACGCAAAGUUUUGCAUAAUGGUUGAUGAAGCUCGUGAUGAGUCCAUGAAAGAGCAAAUGGUUGUGGUUUUUAGAUAUGUUGAUGCAGAAGGCUUUGUGAAAGAACAUUUUUUUGGGCUUAUUCAUGUUGUUGACACUGCGGCUUUGACUCUAAAGAAGGGGAUAUAUUCUUUGUUAUCUCAACAUUGCUUAGAUAUACAAAAUAUUCGAGGGCAAGGAUAUGAUGGAGCAAGCAACAUGUGA